UCUUCAUAAAGUCACAAAAUUGCAGUAGAAACUGUUGAUUAUCUUGUGCGUUUAUACGACGAAUUGCAGUCGCAACUUUUAUAAGUUAUUUUAUUUAAAAUAAACGUUUCUUAUUCAAUUAAAAAGUGGAUUUAAAUGAUACAAAAUCGUAAAAAAAUUGUAAAACUUUGGUAUUAGUUUUAUGAAAUUGUAAUUAAAAUCAACGGUUCUAAAAAUAUUACGAAGUUCGUUUUGCUUAUAGAUAUGAGUAUACUAUUUGCUUACUUAAAUACGAAAUGAGUGAAAUUUAAAAAUAUAAUAUGAAAUCUAGAAAUUAAACCUACUUACAUUUGCAUACAAAUUUAAAAAUAUGUAUGCACGCCAUGAAUCAACACUGCCAAUCAUAAGCGUGCAUUUAACAAUUUGAAAUUCAGAAAACUACGAUUGAACGCGUAUUAAACAUUUGAUUUUAAAAUAUUAUAAAAACCUAUGGUUAUUCACUGAGAAUGUGAUGUUGAAGACUUAAGUUUUGACAAAAUGGAUGAUUUUAACUUUCAAUCUUUUAUGAAAUCAGACAUGAUCUCUCCUUGUACGUCUGAUGACGUCGAGUAUAAUAACGGUCAAUUCAAAUCUGAUGAAUUGAUUUUUGGUUCGCAGCGUGUUAAUUUGAAUUCCAGCACACCCUAUUCAGAUGCGACCCAGACGAAGAAACAUUAUCCUGGUCAUAUAAAGAGACCAAUGAAUGCAUUUAUGGUAUGGAGCCAAAUGGAAAGAAGAAAAAUAUGUGAAAAGACACCUGAUCUACACAAUGCCGAAAUAUCAAAAGAACUUGGUAGACGUUGGCAACUAUUGGGCAAAGAAGAAAAACAGCCUUAUAUAAUUGAAGCGGAAAAUUUACGUAAACUACAUAUGAUAGAAUAUCCUGAUUAUAAAUAUAGACCACAGAAAAAACAGUCACGGUUUUUUACUUCAAGACAUAGUAAUGAAAAACCGUAUCGCGGAGCGAAGUGUCAAGAUAAUAUAAAGAAGACAACAAUGUCUCAUUCAUCUUUUCCUGAGCAAAAAAGUAAACAAAGAAUAGUUAACGGCUCUACAGAUGGAAUCCUACGACGUAAGCGAGGCUCGAAAAUAAAUAUUAGCAAGAUCCCCUCAGCUUAUUCCAAAAAAGUAAUUAAAACGAAAGAAACGUCUACUAUAUUUGACACUACAGAUAUAUGUCCAGAAGAAGAUCCCAUAAAUUGUUUGCCACGUAAUUCAAAUGAUAGUAACUUUUACAGUGAUACAAAUAUCUGUGAUAUUAACUCAGGGAUUGUCGAUAAUCUACGUAGCUUAGAUCCUAUUGAGCCGUCCGACUUUAAUCACUUAAAAACUGGACCAGAAUAUCCACUUGAAGAUGUUUUAAAAAUAAUAAACCCUGAGAACUUUUUGGAACAGCAAUUUGAAUUUCAUAAUCCCAGAACCGAGUUUUCUCAUGACAACACACUUAAUCAUGAACAAAUUAAUGUAAAUGACGUUUCUACGAUCUCAUGUUUCGAAAGCACUAAAGUAGAAAAAGAGGAUAACAUAGUAAAUGAUGCUAAUUUACAUCUUGCCAGUCAUCACUCUCACCAAAUGCAAUAUACCUAUGAGGCAAUGAAUCUUCCCGUUUUUAAUUCCUUGCUAUCUUCGCGAGAUGAAAAUAAUCAUUUAAAUAUUAUAAACUCUUCAACUGACGAUUCAAACUGUGACAUUAUAAAUCAAUCUUUAUAUUGUGCAGAUGAAUGCGGAUCUGAUAAUCAUGACACUUCCAUGCAACAGCAAACCGUAACAAUGAAUAUUGAAAUACAUAACAGUAAUCGUAUAUAUGGAAAAGUUGGAAAUAGUGGGUUUAUGGUUGGGGAAAGCGCAAUAGGGGAUACAAAUUUUGCAAAUAUGUCUCCACUUUCUAUUAAUAACUCUAAUCAUCAUAUUCAUUCGGGAAGUUUUAAUUCAACGAACUAUACAUUUUAUGAUACUAAUGGAGCUCUUCUUGCGUUUACCUAUGACGACUUACCACCGGAAUCUUCAGGCAGCCAUUUGGAGUUUAGCAAUAGAUAUGAGUUUUCUAGUCUUUAAAAUAGGACGAAUUCAUAAUAAUAUAGUGUCUUUAAAAAGUACAUAUGUAUAUACUACGUACAUUAAUAAAAUGCAAACAUUAUAAACUGACCUUUAAAUUCAUAAAAAAGUAGAUAUGUCAAACUCUUUAUAAAAAUUUAGAGUAAAUUUCUUUUUUUAAUAUUUCAAACUGGUUUUAUUUUUUAUAACCAUGGGUUUACACAUGUCACAUGAAAUUAUAUACAUUUUGUUAUUAUAUUUCUUUAAUAUUGAAAUUGAUUUACUGUAAUGUUGCUUCAAUACACACAAUUUUGUAUAUGUCUAAGUUCAGAAACCUCAAAUAAUCCCUUUAAAUAUUAUUAUAAGUAACAUUGUAAAAUAAUUAUAUACAUACAUACAUACAUAAAAAUGUUUGCACAUAUAUGUAUUAAAAAUUGCGAUAUAUAUUAAUAUUUUAUUAUACUACAAUACUACAUAAUUAUUGGAAUUUGUGAGAUGAAACUAUUUCAGGGGCAUAUGUGCUUUUCAAGCAUUUUAAGAUUGAAUUACAUUACUUUAGUGGUUUGUAAAAGUAAAAAAAAUACUAUUAUCUAGAAUACAAAAGAAAAAUAUUUUUUUAAUAUAAAUAUAUACAAAAAUAGAAAUUGCAUUUUCGAUAUUAAAUUAUCAAAAUUUAUUUCUUAGGUCUUUUCGAUAUACUAAAUCUAUCAGGCAUGUUCUACAAAUCGUUUUCGGGCAAUAUUUUCGCAUUUUCCGUUUUCAAAUCGUUUGAAAUAUUCUGUAAAUCGUUCUGUAUUUGUUUUUUUCGAACAUCAUCAAAUCGUUUUGUCGCCCUAUUCUGCAGAUCGGAAUCGUUACAAUUUUCCGAUUUCAUAUUCGGCAAGAGAGACGAUAGCGUUUUUGAAUCCAACAUAAUUUUUGUUUAAGAAACAUUUAUUUAAUUUAAAAACUAAAAAUAAUGUCAUUAUAUAAAACUAAGCAUAUAUUAAUAAAUAGUUAAACAUGUGUUGUCAAGA